AUGCAAGGCUCAAUUGGUCCAGAGCUGCUGCUGGCGAUAGAGAAGUUGAAGCUCGAGGAGAAAGAUUUGGAUCCAGAAUCCUUGGGAAAGAAAUUGAUCGAAGAGAAUGGCCCCUCGAAGCCUUUCAAGACCCGCAAACCCACUACUCAAAACAUUGACGAUAUUUUGAAAGAACUUGAGAAUGAUACCCUACUUCCUUCUAACACCUUCAACUCCACAUGGCUGAAUCGCCUGCAGAAACGAUGGGAAUUCACGCCGGACCUGACCGACCUUUUCGAUAUCGCUCCAACUCACACAAGAUCCACUAUCCGAUUCACGCGCGAAGGACUCCAAGGACGUGUGUCUGGCUACCAGGAGGUUGCGAUUUUGUUAGAGGCGCCGCGGGCUUUUUUCCCCUUUGCGCCAGGAGGCCUUGAUGCCGUUGAAGCGUUUGCCAGUUUGGAUGCAGAUGUGCAGGCAGCAGAAGAAUCACGCGCUAGUGGAAAACAAUCAAGCUUAGACCGAAUUAUCAACUUCAAUUCCCAGGGUGGUCUCCUGACAAUCCCUCCUGGCUUUAGCCGUGGCGUCAAUUUCUCCGGACAAAAGUCCAAGGAAGUCAUUGAAGCAGAGGACGAGGUGCAACAUGCUCUUGAAGAAGAGAGUGAGGUUGUUCAACUUGAUGCAACACCAGAUUCGGACACAAAGGAUGAGGAGUCUGAUCAUGAGACCGAGUUCGAUGAAAUUGACGACUAUCUGCCUGAUGAAUUCCCAUCUCUGGGACCUCGUAACGACCUUCUCAUGAGUAUGGCGAACAAAAAGGGUUACCAAUGGGCGCAUGUUGUGAACGUGAAUAAAGAAUUCCCUAACUUCCAUGAUCUUGUUCAGGACAUGGCCAAAGUAUGGCCCUUCGAACUGGAUGUUUUCCAAAAGGAGGCUGUUUAUCAUCUGGAGAGAGGCGAUUCGGUCUUUGUUGCCGCCCAUACAUCCGCAGGUAAAACCGUUGUGGCUGAAUAUGCUAUUGCAUUGGCUGCCAAACACAUGACAAAGGCCAUCUACACAUCUCCUAUCAAAGCACUCAGCAACCAAAAGUUCCGUGAUUUCCGCACCGAAUUUGACGAUGUCGGAAUUCUUACUGGCGACGUUCAGAUCAACCCAGAAGCCAGCUGUUUAAUCAUGACAACCGAGAUCUUGCGUAGUAUGCUUUACCGUGGAGCCGACCUGAUUCGAGAUGUUGAGUUCGUCAUCUUCGACGAGGUCCAUUAUGUGAAUGACCAGGAAAGAGGUGUGGUCUGGGAAGAAGUAAUCAUCAUGCUUCCGGAGCAUGUCACGCUCAUCCUUCUCUCAGCUACUGUUCCAAAUACAUUUGAAUUUGCGUCAUGGGUUGGACGUACCAAGAAGAAGGACAUUUGGGUUAUAUCGACCCCCAAGCGACCCGUUCCCUUGGAGCACUAUCUAUGGAGUGGACAAGAAAAGUUCAAAAUUGUCGAUUCUAAUAAGAGAUUCCUCGAGCCAGGUUGGAAAGCAGCCGAUAACAGCAUCAGUGGCAGAGACAAAAUCAAAGCACAAAAAGAGGCUGAGUCUGUCCAGGCCAGCCGUGGAGGCAUCCAAGGAGGACGUGGUCGAGGCCGAGGCAACGACCAGCGAGGAGGUAGAGGCCAGGGUGGCCGCGGUGGCGGUGGACGAGGUUCGAACAAUGGAACAGGAAACAUUGCUCGUGGCGGGCGUGGAGGUUUCGGACGUGGAGGGUCUCGAACAACUCCUGCUCAGGAUAAGACCGCCUGGGUCGGCCUUGUUCAACACCUUCGCAAAUUCGAUAUGCUUCCAGCCUGUAUUUUUGUCUUUUCUAAGAAGCGAUGUGAAACGAACGCCGACGCAUUAAACAACCAGGAUUUCUGCAACGCUGCGGAAAAGAGCCAGACGCACAUGUUCAUCGAAAAGUCUCUCACCCGUCUCAAGGAGGAGGAUCGAACACUCCCACAAAUUCUGAAGCUCCGUGACCUUCUCAGCCGUGGUGUUGCAGUGCAUCACGGUGGCCUCCUCCCAAUCAUGAAGGAGGUCGUUGAGAUUCUCUUUGCCAGAGGCCUGGUCAAGGUUCUAUUUGCUACGGAAACAUUUGCCAUGGGUCUAAACUUGCCUACCCGAACAGUCGUGUUCUGCGGCUACCGUAAGCACGACGGCAAAGACUUCCGUGAUCUACUGCCUGGUGAGUACACCCAGAUGGCUGGCCGUGCAGGUCGCCGAGGUCUGGACAGCGUGGGCUAUGUGAUGAUUGCCACUCCUGGGAGAACUGAGGCACCCACUGCUGCCUCAUUGAAGAAGAUGAUUCUGGGUGAGCCUACCAAGCUUCGGUCACAAUUCCGACUUACAUACAACAUGAUAUUGAAUCUAUUGCGUGUUGAAGCACUGCGGAUUGAGGAGAUGAUCAAACGGAGUUUCAGUGAAAAUGCCACGCAAGCGCUUUUACCAGAACAAGAGAAGCAAGUGCAGCUCUCUCAAGCCAACCUGGAUUCAAUUAAACGCGAGCCUUGCGAAAUUUGCGACCAGGAUAUGGAGAGUUGCCACAAUGCUGUAAUCGAAUACAAGAAGCUUACCCUUGAGCUGCAUACGGCGGUACUGACAACGCCCGUUGGAAAGCGACUUUUCGCCGCGAAAAAGUUGGUUGUGUAUCGGCAACCGAAUGGGUCGCGCACAGCUGGUAUUAUCGUCAAGGAUGGUUUUUUGCCUGGACCGAUCCCUUGUAUUCAAGUGUUCGAGAUUGGCGUAACUGGCAAUAAACGCCAUCCCAGCGACCUCCUCCCAUUCCUUCCCCAGUUCCGUGAACUCUUCCGGAAAUUGCCCAAGGCUGUUGAUGCGAUGACACUUAAAGUACUCAGAGUCCCGCUGGCUGAUGUUGAAUGUGUUACAAACACUUCUAUCAAGACUCAAAGUCCUCUUUGGUACUUGGCUAUCCAGAAAGAGGGCCUCAAAUUUUACAAAGAGGAACUUGCCUCCAAAUACCAUCGUCCUUGGACCAAUUCUAUUUGGGAUGAAACAGAUUGGUCGCGAGUCAAGGAGAUGCACGUAGGAGAGAUUAUCACCAAGCGGCGCAAACAGGUUGAAAUCCUGGAACAAUGCGUUUCUCUCCAUUGCCAGAAUUUCCUCAAACACUUUGAAAUGGAGCACGACGAGUGGAAAUUGAAGGAGGACAUCAAAGACUUGAAAAGGUUGAUGUCGGAUCAAAAUCUGCAACUGCUUCCUGAUUAUGAGCAGCGAAUUCAAGUUCUAAAGGAGCUUGGGUUUGUCGACGACCUGUCUCGCGUUCAAUUGAAGGGCAAGGUGGCAUGCGAGAUCCACUCCGCCGAUGAGCUUGUCAUGACCGAGUUGAUUCUUGAAAACGUCCUGUCUGACUAUGAGCCUGAAGAGAUUGUUGCCCUUCUAUCGGCAUUUGUAUUCCAAGAGAAGACAGAUAUUACUCCCAGACUUACUCCCCGCCUGGAGACUGGCCAGAAGGCCAUUAUUGCCAUUGCCGAGAAAGUGAACAACUUCCAGAUCCUUCACCAGGUGAUCCAAUCCAGCGAAGACUCCAAUGACUUUGCUAGCUCGCCCCGGUUUGGCUUGGCUGAAGUUGUCUAUGAAUGGGCCAGGGGCAUGUCUUUCAACCGCAUUACCAAUCUCACUGAUGUAAUGGAAGGUACAAUUGUCCGAACCAUCUCUCGAUUGGAUGAGACCUGUCGCGAGGUCAAGAAUGCAGCUAAGCUAAUUGGUGACCCAACCUUACACCUGAAAAUGGAGAAGGCACAAGAGAUGAUCAAACGUGAUGUGAUCUUCGCUGCAUCCUUGUACAUGUGA